AUGAAUUAAACUGAUCAGAGUCAAUAAAGUUAAGAAAGUCAAGCAACGAUGUUUUCUUAUGAUCCUAAACUAUUUCAACUAUUAUAAAAAGCUUUAUUACUUGUGUCACAACAAAAGUAAUAUAUUAAAAAUAAGAUAGACCUAAAAACCCAAUUUAAUUUGUUGCAGAUUAUAUGAAAAAGAAUCGUGAAUUGGAUUUUUGA